AUGGCUGAAGCUCCUCCAUGGCCCAGCCGGUUCUUCUGCCACAGAUGUUCUGCAGAGAUUAGUCCUCGUAUUCCCGAUUACACAUGUCCAAGAUGUGAGUCAGGAUUCAUCGAGGAACUGCUAGAAGAGAGAAGUGCUGACAAUGGCUCCAUGUCCACUAUCUCCAGCGGGGACCAGAACCAUCAGCCAUUCGAGAGUGUGGACCAGCACUUGUUUACAUUCCCUUCGGGCUACAGUCAGUUUGCCCUGGGGGUCUUUGAUGACCACUUUGAAUUCGGAGCUGGGCUGGGAACAGAGGAUAACCGUGAUGCUGAAAACCGCCGGGAAAGCGAGAUGGCAUCACGGCAAAGAUAUGGUGCCAGGCCACCAAGGCGUCGUCAUAGUUCCAGAAUACAAGCUGGUAGACAUGAGAGAGUGCCCAUUUUAGAGGGGAUUAUUCAGCAGCUCGUGAAUGGAAUCAUUGCACCCACGGCAAUGCCAAAUAUUGGUGUUGGACCAUGGGGUGUGCUUCACUCAAAUCCUAUGGAUUAUGCCUGGGGUGCCAAUGGACUAGAUACAAUAAUAACACAGUUAUUAAACCAGUUUGAGAAUACAGGACCACCGCCUGCAGACAGGGAGAAGAUAAAGAGCCUUCCUACAGUACAAAUUACAGAGGAGCAUGUUACCUCUGGUCUAGAAUGUCCAGUUUGUAAAGAAGAUUACAACGUUGGAGAAAAUGUCAGACAGCUUCCAUGCAAUCACGUGUUCCACAAUGAUUGCAUAGUACCCUGGUUGGAACAGCAUGACACGUGUCCAGUGUGCAGGAAAAGCUUGAAUGGACAAAACACAGCAAUGAGCCCACCAGAACUAUCAGGGAUGAACUUUACCUCCUCUUCAUCUUCCUCUUCUUCCACUCCUCCAUCCUCAAGUUCAACCAGCAGUGAAAACUCAGCAGAUAACUCGUAAAAAUAUUCCUCCAUCUCAUCCCAUGAGCUGUUUAUUGCUCCAAGACUCCCACAACUCAGAGCAGUAACCUCCAAUCUCUCCCUCGCAUAUGGUGGAGAAUUGAGUGCAACUGUUUCUCUCACCAGGAGUGCCCAAGCCAGGUUCGAGAGUGAAGUGAUGUGUAAGAUCCAUGUGUUUCUGUCCCUCCAGCUGCUCUUUAAGCCAUCAUGAAUCUCGUCCAUGGAAGGCUGGAGGCCUGGAUUGGGCUUCCUAUCUGGGAAGAUGUUGAGAUUGAUGGGUACCUCAAAAGACUUAUCUAUGAGUCACCUCAUACAACAAGAGUAAAUCAUGAAAUCCAAAGUUGGAAGAAGUGACAACAAGAUACUGCUGUCUUGUUUUGUUUUUUCUUGUCCCUCUGGAGUUGUAUGGUUUAAAACGAAACUGGUUAGUGAUGAAGGAAGAAGUAUACAUUAUUCUUUGUAUCAAGUAGCAUCCAUGUCCACACAAGUGAAAUGACUUCAAGUGCACAUUAAAAUGUGUACUUUAAAUUUUCCAUGGUUUGGAUAGAGAUGACACUUUUCCAUGGUUUGGAUAGAGAUGACAUUUCAAACAUUUUGAUCCCAUCAUUGCAAAGCAAAAUUGCAAAGGCCUGUACAAAUAAUAUUUUUCAAUUGUACAUCAGUUGGUUUCGUAGUACCUGACACUGCACAGGUAUUAUUAUUUUGCACUUGAAAUAAUGUGACAAAAUUUGGUGAUGUUGUAUUUGGAUAAUGACUCAUAUUACUGAAUUACCUAAAAAGGGAUUUUAGGAAUUUUUCAAUAUAUAUUUUUAGGUUCAAGUUUUAUCUGCUAGCCUAAAUUUUAAUUAGCUUUUCAUAUUAUUAUAAUACAGGAUCAGAAUGUUUCAGUGCAUUAAUGGAAACUGAAGGAAAGGGAAAAAAUGCAAGCGCUGUUUCCUGUGGUUCUGUCUGUCUCUUGUAUGCCAAUUUAUUUGUAUUCCCAAUUUGUUUGGGGGAAUCACAGUUAAAAUAAGCAAUUACUGCUACAGAUAAAUGCU